CGGUCGGAAAUGUUACUACUUGUCUGCAAUGUUAUUAGGGACCAGUGAGUCAUGGAAAUCUCAAGCUAUGGUCUCCUCUCUGGAUUAAUGUCUGAAUUAAUACAAAGGUGUGUUAGAUGAAAAAUUAUUACAUUUUGCAUUUUGACAGGAUCUGGAUUUGGAGGACUACAGCAAAUGACAUUCCCUAAAAUGAGAAACUUCCCAAAAUGAAAAAGCACAGGGCUUAUCAUAUAGUGUUAUUUAAGUUACAAGUAUAUGCAUUCAUACAAAUCCAUUUUUAACAGUUUAAAAUGACAUUUAUCUAUGGAUGUAUACCGAAAAAGCAAGUUGUCCACCUUUCUCUAGGGUCCAACAUCAAGUUCCUUGUAAGGACUUCAGUCUGCCGUCUUUUGAUAAAAUCUUCAGUUACUUAACAACUGUGCUACCUGCUGUCGCAAUAAAAAUCGUUAUGCUCGUUUCAGAUGAACCCAAGGCGCUAUGGAAAUUGAUCAGGUCCUCUCAUUCUCUCUGCACAGACUUGUCGCCUAAACCAUCAAAGCCUACUCCGGUCCCAAGCAACACAAUGAGCAACAGCAUGGCUUUACAGGACUGUGAGUGGUACUGGGGAGACAUCUCUAGGGAGGAGGUGAACGAAAAGCUAAGAGAUACUGCAGACGGCACGUUUUUAGUCCGAGAUGCUUCCACCAAAAUGCAAGGAGACUACACUCUCACCCUGAGGAAAGGGGGCAACAACAAGCUGAUCAAAAUCUUCCACCGAGAUGGGAAGUAUGGCUUCUCAGAACCGCUGACCUUCAACUCUGUGGUUGAAUUAGUCAAUCACUACAAGAACGACUCCCUGGCGCAGUAUAAUCCAAAACUGGACGUGAAACUGCAGUACCCAGUAUCCAGGCACCAGCAGGAUCAGGUUGUUAAAGAAGACAGCAUAGAAGCAGUGGGCAAUAAACUGUGCGAGUAUCACGACCUGUACCAGUUGAAGAACAAGGAGUACGAUGCCCUUUACGAAGAGUACACAAGAACAUCCCAGGAGAUUCAGAUGAAGAGGACGGCCAUCGAGGCCUUCAAUGAAACGAUCAAAAUAUUUGAAGAGCAGUGCCAAACACAAGAGCGUUACAGCAAGGAGUAUGUGGAGAAGUACAGGAGAGAGGGCAACGAGAAGGAAAUUCAGAGGAUCAUGGAAAACUAUGAAAAACUGAAGUCGAGAAUAAGUGAGAUUGUGGACAGCAAGAGUCGCCUAGAGGAGGACUUGAAGAGGCAGGCUGCUGACUACAGGGAGAUCGACAAGAGAAUGAACAGCAUCAAGCCGGACCUCAUCCAGCUCCGCAAGACCAGAGACCAGUAUCUCAUGUGGCUGACGCAGAAGGGUGUCAGACAGAAGAAGCUGAAUGAGUGGCUGAAACUCGACAAUGAGAGCGCAGAAAAUCCAUACUCAAUGGUCGAAGAUGAGGAGGACCUUCCCCAUCACGAUGAGCACACAUGGAGGCUUGGCAACAUCAACCGCAGCCAGGCCGAGACGCUGCUCCGUGGCAAGCGGGAUGGGACCUUCUUGGUGCGGGACAGCAGUAAGGCGGGAUGCUACGCUUGCAGCGUCGUGGCUGACGGUGAGGUUAAACACUGCGUCAUCAACAAGACUCCCACCGGGUACGGCUUUGCAGAGCCCUACAACCUGUACGGCUCGCUGAAGGAACUGGUCCUGCACUAUCAACACACCUCGCUGGUCCAGCACAACGACUCCUUGAAUGUGACCCUGGCCUAUCCAGUCUACGCAAACCAGAGGCGGUGAACACCCCCGUCCCACUACCCACGAGGCAGCCUGGAACGAGCGGAUCGGGGUGAAUCACAGGGUGGAAACACGGAGAUGCCCCAGCGUGGAAAAAGACACUUGAGGACAUCUGUUCUUUGCCUCAGACACUCACCAAUGCGUUCAAAGAUACCUAAUGAAAUCAGCAGUGGAGACUGUGAGCAGAGCAGUGUGGCUUUGUUGGUCCAGUCAGAUAUGGUCUUGUGCUUUUGAUGAAGAAGCGCAGGAUCGGCCCAAAACUGCAGAGGUCCUAGGCAACGGACCUUCGGGAGGCUUUUCAUAACGGUGCUCGUUUACAUCUUUUCAAAGGCCUGAACAGCUGGAUUGUCGAACGCUUAUGACAUAUAUGGCUUUUUGUACCGCCUCCAGCUGUGUGU